AUGGAGGUAGCGCAGUUAGCCGAUCGGGGACACCAGGGCAUGGUAAAGACCAAGCAGCUAAUCAGAGAGAAGGCAUGGUUUCCUGGGAUCGAUAAGAUGGCGGAAGCUGUGGUCAGAAGCUGUGAGGCAUGUCAAUGGAUAGUAGAGGAGAAGAACUUGCCGUUAGUAAUGACACAAUUUCCGGACGGACCAUGGCUACCACUCGCAGCAGACUUUCCUGGUCCUCUACCUGGUAACAAGUACAAGCUUGUCGUCAUAGACGAAUACUCACGGUUCCCCAUGAUUGCGACGUUAUCAUAUCUGAACGAAAGAAUAGUGAUCACCAAGUUGAACGACAUGUUCACCGUACAUGGCACCCCUAAAGUUGUAAAGACAGAGAAUGAUCCCCCGUUUUUCGGGGAAAAACAUUCGCCGACUUUAUGA